UCGGCCGACCAGCAACGGAAACGCUUAUUUAGCGGCGCACGCGGUUGAUCCCGCCGCACUCUCGCUAUCUCGCUAUCUUCGUCUUCAAUCAAGUCGAGCUCCGAUUUAUCCACACCCCGGAUUUAUCUCCCGGGUGGCUAUCACCGCGAGAGAAGAAGUCCAGAGCCGUGACGACAGAGCCCCAUAGAGAGAUCCCCGUAGAGUGGAUCCAGAGAGGCCCGGAGUGCCGUGACGGCGAGGAGCUUGGAGAACGUUCCCGCGCGAUUUUUCUCGAAACGUAAGGUGGAAGUAUAGUGCGAUCAGUGUGAGGAGGAUUCCUCAAAAGCGCGUUCCUCUUCUUGCGCGUGUCGAGUAAUUAACAGUCGAUUGAGAGUCGUGUGUAUGUGUGGAACAGAAUUUCUCAGAGCUUUGACGGAAUUCUCGGCGAGGGAUGAGAGCCGUGUAGCGAGGCGGUGUUUCUGAAGGAUCCUGAGGAUCCCAGAAGCGAUAGGACGAUCGCCUCUUGGACCCGGAAACCAUGAGUGCCAGGAAGACACUGCUCUUUGCAUUCGCGUGCGCGGUGCUCAUCGCCGUGCGAGGAGAAAUCACCAAGGAUUCUACAGCAUGUGGCCGGACAAAAUGCAAGGUUCCUCUGGAACGGAAGUUCAAGUACCAGGAGGGUGUGCACUACGUGUACGCGUAUUCCGUCGACGUGAGCACGAAUCUGGGCUAUCACCAACCUCAUCACCCACGAAAUGACUCGGCCCUGCACAUCGACGCCUUCCUGUCCGUGCACUUCAACAGCCCGUGUGAAGGCACCCUGAGAAUCCUGAACGCCAGCAUCAGCCAUGAUCGGAGCACGUACAAUGCUGAAUAUCCGGACCGUGCCGGCUCCGGGUUCAAAGCCACCCUCGAACGCUACGCGCUCAGGUUCACCUUCGACGACGGGCUCAUCCACGAGCUGUGUCCGGAUCGGCACGAACCGAUCUGGGCGCUGAACAUGAAGCGAGGCAUCCUGUCGUUGCUACAGAACAGCAUGCGGCGCUUCGACGUGGACCACCAUGGCGAUGAGGUGGACGUUCACGGCGUCUGCGACACCGAGUACCACCUGUACGAGGCCAGGCGGACCAGCCUGAUUGUGAAGAAGAUCAAGAACCUGGCCGACUGUCAGCAGGGCUCCAAGUACUUCUCCGUCGUACAGUCCAACCCAUAUCGGAGCCCACGUCGGCACAUUCAUCAGCACGGACUGUUCAAGUCCCAUAGUGAUUGCGAGAUCACCAUUGAUCACAACGUCUACGAGCAGGUGGUGUGCAAGGAGACGCGGCUGCUGCAGCCGCUCUCCAACGGCCGCCAUGCCGGCGCCAAGACGGACUCCCGGGUGAGCCUUCGGUUGGUCCAGGAGACGACGGACACGAGUUUCCUCCAGGAUUUCUCCGAAGAGAACGAGGACAGCGAGGAGGACGAGGGAGACGAGAAUAACUUCGUUCGGCGCGCACCGCGCACGAAGAGAACCACGUUGCUGUACGACCACGCGAAGACGCCGAGGACGAUGCACGGCGAGCUGCGCACCUCCAGGGAAAUGCUGAAGGGCAUGUGCAAGCUCGGGGCGAGAGCUGACGAGCUGCAGCAGAGAUUCUCCGAGAUGUUCACCAAUUUCGUUCACUCGGCUCGGUUCCUGGACUACCCCUCGUUGUCACAACUGCUCGCGAGGGCCAACAACAUAUGCAGGAACGGAAAAAAACACAUUAUCGCGGCACUGCCGUACCUGAACAGCAACGCGGCGGUGAACGUCAUGAAGAAUCUGAUAAUAAAGCGACAUGUCGAUGAAGCGACCACCAAUGACUGGAUCAUCACUUUCGCUUUGAUCCCGCGACCAGAUCGCGACACCAUUAAAGCUCUCUCGCAGCUAAUGAGCUUUCAGAAUCAGAUUCCCCAAGCACAGUUCGUUCUCAGCUACUCCACUGUCAUUCACACUUUCUGCAGAAACAACGAUGUCGACUGUGUCGAUCUAGAAGAGAUACACGCGCUUCUGUUGCAUCUUCAGCAGGAGAUAUCGACUGGCUGCGCGCCUCGUCUUCAUAAUCCUCUCGUAACAAAAGAGACGCUGGAAGCUUUGAAGGCAAUCGGCAACAUGGGGCUCGAGACGAAGAACUUGCGGAGGGAACUGAAGAAGUGCAUGGACGACACCGGCGGAUUCUUGCCCAUGGAAGUUCGCGUCGCCGCUGUCGAUGCUCAUCGCAGAUUAUCGUCCUGCGAGGAAACCCGGGAUCAAUUCUUCCUUGAUUAUUAUCGCAAUACGACAUUGGACACGGAGAUUCGUAUUGCCUCUUACCUGCAGGUGAUGCGUUGCCCCGAUUACAAUGUCAUAAAGACCAUCAAGCACACGCUCAAAAUGGAGGAAGUUAAUCAAGUUGGUUCUUUCGUGUGGAGCCACUUGCUGAAUCUAUACAACUCUGCUUCUCCCACGCGAAUCGAGAUUCAGAGUCUGCUGACGGAUCGAGACCUCGACAGCAAGUUCAACAUCGAUGUGAGGAAGUUCUCACGCAAUUAUGAGAACUCCUUCUUCUCCGAGGAGUACAAUGUCGGCGCGAACUAUCAGGCGAAUCUGAUCUUCUCGCCGAAAUCGUACGUGCCACGAUCGCUCACGUUGAACGUGACCACCGACAUCUUCGGUCAAUCCGUCAAUCUCUUCGAGAUCACCGCACGAAUGGAGGGCCUCGAAUAUUAUGCGGAGAGCCUCUUUGGGCCGAAUGGCAUCUACAGCAACGAGAAGGUUUCGAAUCACCUGCGGAACCUCCUCAGGUACAUCAGAUCGACGCCGGAGAACGAGAAUUACUGGGACGGUGUGAAACGACUGCCUAACGUCAUCGAUAACAACUUUGAUCAUCCGAGAAUCAGCCUCGGUUAUAAAAUAUUCGGAAACGAGCUGAAGUUCACGACGCUCGACGGCGACAAGGAGGUGAAGGCCGCGCUGGCAAAUUUCAAUCCCUGGCAGAAGAUGAUGGAUUUCCUGGCGAUGCAGGAGAUUCUCUACGAGAAGGCCGGGAUGCUCCUGGACUCCUCGUACGUCGUGCCGAUGGGAUCGGGUCUUCCGAUUCGUUUGGACGUUUCCGGUUCCGCGGCUUGCAACUUCAGGAUUUCGAAAAUGUUCAACUCUCAGCGAGACAAUGAGUUCCAGCUCACCGGCAAUGUCGCUUCUAGCGUAAGUGUCGAUGUGGUGGGCACGAUGGUAGUGGACGCUUUCUACAAAUCCGCCGGCCUCAAGCUGCGUUCGAACGUUUACUCUUCCGGAUCCGUGCAGCUUCACCUGAAUCUGAACGGCACUCGUUUGGCGCGCGUGAGCCUGGGUCUACCAAACCGCAACAUAGAAGUAGUUUCAUUGCUGUCGGACGUUGCUCUGAUUAGAGGUAACGGCGCCGAGAUCGAAGAGAAGCCGAUGGGCAUCUUGAUGGCCGGCCAGAACAUGAAGAACUCACGUUACCCUCUGGUCGUGCCCAAGAAUAUUCUUAGCAACACCACCUGCACCUGGACCGCUCUCGACAGGCUGAUAGGCUUAAAAAUGUGCACUGACUAUCAGUUUACGAACGUGACGAAGGAUCCCAACGCGCCGUAUUUCCUCCUAAACGGAAUCACGCUCUUCAAGGUCUCGUUGCUCAAAGCCGAUCCCACUGCCAAGAAUUACGUGCUGGAGUACAAUUGGAACAAGACUGAGGAGUUCAGCAUUUUUAAGUUGAUGUUCGAUACUCCUGGCUCGCAAGUGAAUAGAGAAAUAAGCGCUACCGUCACUUUUGACAUAAAGACCAACAACGUUACCGUCCUACUUCAUUCGGCUGGUAAUUCUCUGAUCGCCAAAGGCACGUAUAAGCGUACCGAGGAUGAAACCUUCAUUCACGUCGGUUUCGACGUUAACGGCACGAAACACCUCGACGCCAGUCUGGGUUACACGAGGACAGAGUUCAAUCACGGUCACAUUUAUCAGCCCAAAGUUCAUCUGGCUAUCAAUGGCGAGCGUGUCGCUGCCAUGUCAGGUGCCAUCAGGAAUGCGCAUAAGAACAACGUUUCCCAGUUCGAUAUAGACCUGACUUUCCAAACAAAGCGAGUCUGGAGCAAACUGGUCGGUUACAUCGUCAAACACAAUAUCAGCUUGGCCGGCGACUUCCAGUUGGAAUAUCAGCUGCAACGUAUGCCAAAGAAGGAGAGCCUCCAUCUGGAAAUCUCGCUGUCAAAUCGCUCAUCAAAGACUCUCACACACAAGGCUGCUGAAUUAAAACUGCACUCCACCGCGUACCCGCAGCUGAACGCCGUGAUAAGCGCCUGGUUCCAGCAGGCUCUCGGCCACCUGGAGCUCCACGCCGAGGUGAACUCCAAUCCGCACCUCAAGGAUGAUCGGCACAAGCUCACGGCGCAGUUCGUCAUGUCGUACUCGAAGAUGUACUUCCAGAACCAAGGCACGAAGGUAAACGCGCUGGUAGCCCUCACCAAGCCCAUCCAGAACUUAGAUAUCAAAGUGGGAGUCAAUCACUACUCUCUCGGGCCCGAAUCGAAGACCAGCUUACUCAUCGGUUACGCUCCAGGCAAGGAAAUCACUCUGGUGGUGAACAUCAUCAUGCCGCGCGGCUUGCUGUUCUCCAUGGAGGGUCACAUGAACCUGACGAUCCCGAACUUCAACUCGAUGCUGCUCGACGCGCGUAUCAACGAGCGUUCACGGCGUGAGUACGAGCUCGAGUUCUCCGGCACGUGGUUCAGCGGGCACAACAUGACCGCACGCGGCGCCUACACCGACCGAUCAUCAGUCGCCGUGAUCAACCAUCACCUGAAGCUGAUUCUCAAGUCGCCGAGCUUCGUGACUCCGAUCCUGCUCAACUGCCACAUGUACCAAAAUCACAGUGACCUCCGGGUUAGCUUGUACGCCGAGCAGCUGGACCACGACAAGUACGCGUUCGUGCUGAAUCACACGGUGCUGUCACCCACCAGCUUGACGUCCUACGUGGAGGCGAAGUACCGCAACAACGUGUACUCCGUGAUGACGAGCGUCGAUACGACGCGGGAGGUCCGCCUAGAGUUGCACCUCGACAAAUGGCGAGACAUUCAUCUGACUCUGAGCGGCCUUAACGAGGUGAACCGGAAAGAGCUCGCGGCGGAGGUAAAGUGGGAUGCCAACCGAGACCCUGCCUUGAAAGUCAGCACGAUACUGCAGUUAAAGCAGGUCUACUUGUCUCAAGACCCGACGGUGGGAUCCAAACGGACUGCAACGAUAGUGGUGACUUAUCCGGGACGAUUAGUGACCGGUUCGUGCAACUUAAUUGCACGUCGUCCUGAUGAUACGGGACCAGGUAGUUAUCAGGUGGACGUUAUUAUGGAGUGGAGCCCCGAAGGAGCGAUCAAGGCGACGGCCGGUGCGAAAUAUGAAGUUGGACCGCUGAAGACGUUCGUCACGGUGGAAUUAGAAUUGAUGACGCCGUUCGAACAAUGGAGGAGGACCGCCGUAAACGCAAAGUACGUGCAAGUGCCAAACACAGUCAUGGUCAGCAGCAGAGUGAACUGGAAGGAUUCCCAGCACAUGCAGGUAGACUUUCAAGUCAGCGCGCAUGAAUACGAGAUACUGAGCGGUCUCCAGAUGAAGGAGUGGACGGCUUCCUGCGGCUUCGUCAGCACCAUCCACUCCAACGCUUGGGUGACUUUGAACGUCACCCACAAGUUAAUACCGUCCCGAAUGGCGGACACUAGCGUGCUGAUCGAGUAUCCUAAACAUCCUGAUAAGACGAUCGACGCACGCAGCGUCUGGUACCUGGACAAGGAGACGGACGACGUGUUCAAUCUCACGGGCAAUCUGCAUUUGUACUCACCGCUGGCGAGCUAUCGGAAGAGCGAGCUUAAAUGCCAACUGCGGCUGAUGAGCAGCUGGCAAUUCUCGGGAGCGGCGAAUCUUGACCUGGACAAGCGCAAGUACACCGGCCACUUGAUCGGCGAUCUCGUACGUUGGAAGGAGUCCAAGGUCGAGUUCAACGUCACCACGCCGCUGGAGAAGUUCGCCUACGUGCGUGGCAGAUUUGGUCUCUCGCACAGCAAUCGACAUGCGGUGGCGGAAAUCGUCACACCCAGCGGCCCGCUCGGCGUCGAGGCACUUUGUCAGCUGUUCACGUCCACCUACGAUUUCAACAUCAAGCUCAUGUUGGCGACGCCGAUCGAUGUGCUGCAGAAGGCGAUGGCCGUGGCCAAGCUAAGCCCCCGUGAGGCGGACUUCAGGGUCGUCUACAACAACCUCACGGCAGGCUUCCUCGGCACCUGGCACUACCACAACAUCACCGACUUUGAUUAUAGCUACAUCGUGUUCACGCCUCUCGAGGGUUUGCAAGAAUGUGGCGUGAUCACCCGAUUGAUCGUGGUGCACAUGGAAUCCGUCAACAUGCUGGACGUGAACACAGAAUUCUCGCUGAGAUUGGCAGAUAACAAAUUCGGCAUCAAGGCCAACGGUGGACCGAAACCGCCGCCCGUUAAAAUCCCCCUGAAAUCGGGGCUCAUGAUGUCCACGACGGAUAAUUCUGAUGAAUCGGAGGAAGAGGAGGACGACGAGGACGCUAUCUUUUGGCGAGGAGAAUUGCAGAUAUGGCCCGCGGUAACCGAGGAUCUACUUGUGGAACUGGACAUCGAUACCGAAGGCUAUACAUACAAGAUUCUAAGCACGAUACAAAUACUAAAGGGCAAAAUCGUCGUAGACGAUAGCUUCUCUAUGGAGGAUGUUUUUCAUAUAAAGAAUGAUCUACACAUUGAUUUAGACCUAUCGUUUAGCAAUAUCAGAGAAAUCACGUCGCUAUACGCGUUUAUAAUUGAUAUGGAAGAAAUCACUACUUACUUCAUGGAAAUGAACGUGAAUGUUCGGAACAAUAUUACAUGGAUCGAGACUGGAUUUCACUGCAAUUACACGUAUCAAUCGCACGGUGAUACAGAUGAUAUUAGGACGUACAUGAUAAAGCUCAACGUAAAGACACCCUUGAACUUCCUCAAGGAUUUGCGUACCAACUCUAUCAUAGAAAUCGAGGGUAAUCUGUACAACGUCACAGUUUCGAUUCGCGGAGAUGAUUUAAUAAUGGAUGUAUUCGGAAAGUUAAAGCUAGAGAAUGCUCUGCUGGACACGAUGGUCUCAGGUGCGAUCGAUUCAUCGGUAAUAAGAAUACCGAAGACCACGAUUGCCGCGUAUAAGGAUUUCACCGGAAACUUAAAGCAACUUAAGUUCAGCGCGAGGCUAGACGAGCCUGUAUCAAAACACACAUCAUUCGAGUCCUCCUGGCAAGUGGACGAACAUCUCGUGAAAGCUUCCGCGAAGCUAGAGAGCUGGAUAAAAGCUCUGAAAUCAUUGGAGGCUGACAUCCUCUAUAAUAACGCGAUUCGCGUGAACAAUACUGCAAAUCUGAACGUGCACGUGAAGCAUCUCGGCACGCACGAUUAUCAGCUGACCGGAAACUUGAACAACGGCAAGAUUAACGCCGAUCUGCACACGCCGCUAUCGGAGAAACCUCACUUCGAAUUUCAGGGAGACUUGAGGGAAAUCAACGAAACGUUGUACGACGUGAGGGGGGAAUUGAAGGAUCAGCUGCGAGCGAAGAUCUACGACGUCAGCUCCGUCAUCAUCUUGCAGGACGACACGCUGGACUCGGUAGAUGUGGCAGCCGUGCCGAAGAGCGCCAAUGCCGAUCGGUUCAUUGUGAGAUUCAAGAGGAAGAAAUACGGCCUCCUGCUGGACAUGAACGGCAGCGCCUUCAACAGUAGCGUGGACGCGAACGUGCUCAAUUCCCUGAAUUGGGACGUGAGAGCACACACGGAUGUCCAGAUGGCUGACCACGUGGACACGUAUCAACUGAACACCUUUAUGAACGUGCAAGUGAACGGCAACACUACUCUAUACAUCCGCGCUGAAACUCCGUGGAACGACAGCAGGAUCCUGACUAUGAAAGGCAACGUGAUGUUGGGCAACGUGACCGGUGACGUGCAGCUGAGCCACCGACUGAACGAUAAUCAGUGUCAGGCGGGUUUGGAGUGGAAGCUGCUCUACAUGCAGGACAUGUUCGUGCGGCUCAGCACGGAUUACGACAUUGCUGAGCUGGGCAAGAAGGAACUGUCCACUCACGUGUUCUUCAGGAACCCCGGCCGGCUGUACAGAAACCUCGACAUGGGUUACGACCUGGAUGUGAAUCGGAAAGCGUGGGAGUUCGCGGCGAACGCCACUAUCGGUUUCCGUAAUCAGCAGAACAUCGACGCGGUCUUCGCGGUGAGAUUGCCGCCUCCGAACAAGGACGAUCAUCGAUUCCUGAUCAGCUAUCACACCAGUCAGAACAUGCAGGAUAUUUCUUACAUACUGGGCUACAACGCGCUCCAGGCGAGGUCUAAUUAUGCGUCGGACGGAUCGAUUCGAAUGGCCACGCGCGAUAUUAAUGGGCACUUGCGACUGACUUGGGGUCUGUUGCCCACGCAGUCCAUAAACAAUCUCUUCAACGUUACCUUCGACAAUAAGGAGAUCGAGCUCAAGUACUCUCUGUACACGCCGAAAUUUCUGCAGGAGGAGACACUCGUAUUCCUCUUUAGUUACGAUGGCACAUCCGACGAAAGGAACGUAAUCAACGCUGAUCUUUUCUAUCCUCCGAGACAGCAGAUUGGAACCGCAAAGAUAUAUUACGAAAGUCUGAUCAACGUUAACGGGACCGUCAACGCUUCAAUAUCCUCGCAGCGCUUGUCAUACAUCGGCUGCAAUUUUGUUGUGCUUACUACUCUGAAACAAAACAAGAGAUCCGUCGAGUUCUUCUGGCCAAACAACACGGCGUUGCUGAAUUCUGAUUACGUCUACCACAGCGAGCGACUGGACUCGAAUCUGGAGGGUGUCCUGCACGUGGAAGUACCCCUAAAUGCACGUCACGUUGGCCACUUGACCUACGGCUACAAGAAACGCCCGCAGGUCACUACGGGUCACUCGACCCUCAUGUACAACGGCAACAAGGUGUUGAACGCCCAGUACACUGCGAAGAGCGAAUCGCGAGCCGGCUUUGAGAAGGAUCGCGUUGAAGUCACUGUGGAGAACGUCUACAAGCCUAUAGGCAUCAUGUACGUGAAUCAGUACGAGUACAGCGGCGGUAAUGGGGGCACGAACUACCCCACCGUCGAGUUCAAGCAGGUGAACAUCUACCAGCUAAACAACAGAACGGCUUUCAACAUUGCCGGUGAAUCCAAGAUCCGUACCACCCACACCGGCCAAAAUAUCCAGCUGAAGGCGAUGCACUUGAACAAAACGAUUCAAUUGUCGACUGACUACGAAGUCCUGCCAGGCGAAUUCGAUCAGAAGACCUGGUUGAGCCUGGCCGAGGACGCUUGGGUAUCUUACCACGUAAACAUCCUCAACAAAACCACCGAGACCAUGGACAACCAGUUCAUCGUGCUCAGUCUGUCUUAUCCCGAGCGGAACUUCACUUUGGACGGCUCCUACAAGAUUACAAGCGAUGAAGUGAGUUCUGAGGCAAACCUGCAGUGGCAACGUGACGCGGAGAAGCUGAGGCUCGUCGGCGCGGCCUUCAAUUGGAUGAACGUCACCACCACACCGAUGGGGAAUCAGCAGGAGGCCGUGUUGAGCUUCCGGCAUCCGACCUUUGAAAAGAAUGUCACGCUAAAGGGUGUGCUGACGAAGAGGGACCACAAGGAUCUGCUGAACGUCGCCUUUGCUGCGGACUACUCCACCGACGAAGACAAACUGCUGACGCUGUCCGCGUUGCUGAGGGACGAGAGCGACGAUUCCAACAGGAAGUAUCUCUACAAGAUAGCCGGCAAGCACGUCAACACCAGACUGGACCUUGACGUUGAAGGCUUCGUUCACAGACAAGGAUUAACGCUUUUCGAGACGGUGAAUCACGCUCGGUACACACGCGGCUACGCGUCGCACGAGACUGGCGAACUGAUCGGUCGGAUCGACAGGAAAUCAAAGGAGAUAGUUUUCCGACGAGUGAACAACGACGAAGUCAAGUACUUCACGAUCGGCUACUACCCCACGUCUUCGCAAUACAUAGUGAACGGUAGCGUCAUUGAUACCCCGGAUCUCAACGCCACUGGCGCUUUCUUCUUGGACCCGAGCGAGAAACUCACUUGGAUGAUGGUGAAUUAUACACCCGAUGCAAGAGUGAGUUUAAGAAUGUACGGCAACAUCCCAGACGCCCGGAACGCGAUAUUCGAUAUUUGGAGAACCUACGAGGACGAUUUAACAAUAUCGGACGUUUCUUUCUACCUGAAGCUAAAUCACUCGAGACUCGUUACCUCGACUCUGCGGUGGCGGCCUGAGCUCAAGAGAGACGUUAUAACCACUGUAAAAAGCACUUUCAACGAAAUGUCCGAAAGCGUGCACAAUGAUCUUGAUUACUGGAAACAUUACAUAAAGAGCGAAGUAGCAAAUUCCAUCGCAGAUGUGUGGGAGAACGCUCAGCAGGAUAUUUCGGGAUUCCUCGACGAUUGGAACGAUCUCAAGACACUUGAAGAAGAUUUCGAGAAUCUCAAAGUGUACCUGAAUAAUUCCUACAACGCCAAUGAUUUCUACAUCAAGGAUAUCGUCACCUUCGGCAUGUACGUCAUCGACGAGUUGUCGCUGCGCAGCCACAUCCAGUCUCUGCCCAAUAUCCUGAACGAGAUCUGGGAGAUAAUGGGAGAAUCCGGUGAAGCUCUGCGGAAUUCCUUGCUCUGGCUGAUCGAGACCAUCAAGAAUGCGUACAACAAGGUCUCCGAGAUCAUCGCGGCCGUGCUGCGGGGUGAUUCAGUGGCGCAGGUGGCGGACAUAAUCGAGAAGCUGAUCGAGAAAUACGACAUGUUCAUCAAGGACCUGCACGUAUCCUUUAUCAAGUACAUCGAGAACCUCUGGGACACGAUUUUCUCGUCGAUUUUGGACCAGUGGAACCGCUUCCUGAAGAUGAUGGAGCCGCUGUUCAUCCGCUUCAUCCAUUACAUGGAGACGCUCGCAUGGAAGGCGAGCAAGGAAGUGCUGGAUUUCCUGUACGACCGUAAGCAGGAGAUCAUUGCAUCACCGUACUUCGAUCGCUUCACCAACUUCACGCACGACAUCGACAGGUUCUACCGGGAUAUCAAGGCGAACGAUAUAGUGACGAACGUGCACAAGUACUCGGGCCUGGUGAUACAGUUCGUGAAGCAGCGCUACUUCGCCUUCGUGCCGUUCGGCAAAGAGCUGAAGGACGUCGUCGAGGAGAUUGUGUUGGAGCUAAAGGAGCUCCGAAAGUUGCCGUCAGUCAACUAUGCCCUGGAGAAGCUCGAGCAGGCGUACGAUCGCGUCAAUUACUUCUGCGAGUACUUUGAGGUGAAGGCCAAGAUAGAGAGCCUCAUCCGACUGGUGCACUCAAAAUUGAUGGACAUCAGUCAGACGGCACUGCAGGCGGAGAGUCGCUACAGAGAGGCCAAGACCAUGUUCAUUUUUGAUCCUAAUCAAGGCUUGAUGUGUCUCGAGCAGAAGCUACCUAUGUCCUGGCACGCGUUCAAUCAGACGCCCGAGUUCCAGGAGAUACCGGAGAUCAGAGCGAUCACGGACAUCAAGAUGUACUUUGUCACUUCGAACACAACUUUCUGGAGCCUCUACUAUCAGUACAAGCCGUAUUCGGAGUUAUCAAAUUGGUUACCGCCAUUCAAAGCGCAAGCCAUGAUCAUCGGAUCUCAGCAUUACGUCACUUUCGACGGACGCUACUUCGACUUCGCGGGAAGCUGCACCUAUCUGCUAGCGAAGGAUUUCGUACACAAUACUUUUGCGAUUUUGGUGAAAUAUGAUCGACAAGACAAGGAAAUAACCCAUCAGAUUAUAGUUCUCAUCGGGAGCAACGCUAUUGAGUUAGACCUCUUUAACGACACGAUAAAGCUGGUCUCACAGAAAUCGGCGGCCAUCACCAAUUUGAAGCUGCCGAUCGAACUGGAUCACGGCGAAACGUAUAUCUAUCAAAUGGACAACGUAGUGACCGUGGAAGGCAGGCACAACCAGUUCCGCUUGGAGUGUAAUCUCAAGUUCAACCUGUGCACCCUGGAAUUAUCAGGCUGGUACUUCGGGAAGACGGCCGGCCUUCUCGGCACGAUGAGCAACGAGCGGUUCGACGACACCUUGGGAUCGGGCAAGACUCUUCUGACGGACACCGGCAGCUUCGCCCGCAGCUGGUCCAUCAACAAGGACUGCUCCGACGCGGAGGACUACGCCAGCGAGAUCCACUAUCAGGACAGCGUGGUAUCCGAGUUCUGCGACGAGCUAUUCGUGAACAAGAGCUCGGAGUUCGGUGUCUGCUUCGGCGUGAUUGACCCCGGUGUCUACGCGACGAUGUGCUUCAACAGCUUGACCGAGACCGAGGCGUGCACCGUGGCGAUGUCGUACAUGCAGACAUGCAUGUUCCGCGACACUUACUUGCGCAUACCUGACCGGUGCACCACAUGCACCAUGAUAGACGGCACGCAAGUGGCCGAGGGCCGCUUCAAACGGCUGGAGGGCGACACGGUGCCGCGUUCGGCCGACGUGGUGUUCAUCGUCGAGGCGAAGUCUUGCAAUCAUGAUGUGAAACUGAACAGCAGCAUGGAGCUUCUGAUCACGCAGCUGAGCAACGAGCUGAACGACUCUAACUUCACGGGCAAUCGCUGGUCGCUGGUGGUGUUCGGCGGUGACGGGGUGCACGACCAGCCCAGGAGCAUCAUCCUUGACGGGCAGAUCUUCACGAAGAACGUCGCUCGCUUCGUCGAUUACUUCGACUACGUGCCGGUCGGUGCCGGCAACCAGGACAUCUUCGCCGCGAUCGGUUUCGCCUCGCAGCUCGUCUUCCGCGCUGGCGUGUCGAAGAUGUUCGUGCUGAUGCCGUGCUCGCAUUGCGAGCCGGAGAACCAGACGCUGGAGUACUCGGUGCUGCAUCAAGUAUUGUUGGAGCAUGACAUUGCGCUGCACAUACUGAUGGACGGCGACUUCCACUUCGAGAAGGAGAAGAUCAGCAAGAUAUUCUACGGCUUGGACGCGACCAAGUCGUACACGAGGAAGGACGCCCGGGAGCUGAUCGGCGACGUGGACCUCCGGCGGCAAGUCAAGCUUUCGAAGCACGUGCUGGGCUAUUGCACGCCGUUGUCUCUCGAGACAAACGGCACGAUAUUCAGCGGUAACAAGCUGCGCCUCGAGAAAUCGCCCGCGAUCAAGAAAUUCGCCAGCGUAUUCGCGAAGCGGGUCGUCCUGAGCGCCGAGCCCAGCAGGUGUCAGAUCUGCGAGUGCAUCGCUGACAACAACGGCGUUACUAAAAUGGAGUGCAUGCCCUGUAUAUACCCGACUGCCGUGCACGUGGAUUACGUAAGCGAAACCUUUAACGAGUCACUUUCGAUGAUACCGUCAUUAGACGAGAUCGAUUAUGGUCAGAUCGAUAUGGACGAUGGCUGAAACGUAAUCAAGAAUAAUACAUAGAGCUAGAACGUUAACUGACUCCCUCGUAUUGGUAUUUUAGCCGUAUUUAUUUGUAGCGUACCUUGAAAUAUAAGAUAAUACCUACCUCCUUUUCCAAUCGAGGAUUUCUCCCGCGCACCGUCAAAAUGCAACGUCAAAGUUGACUCGGGUUAAGAAAAAAAAGUAUACACGAAGGAUUACGAGAAGACAUGAAUUCGCAUGAAUCUAUGCGUUAAUUUCGAGUAAUUGCAGAUUUCAUAGUAAAUCGACUCUACAGUCAAUAUUCUACGAUUGCAAAUUUCUCAUUAUACAUAUGAUAAUAUAUAUAUUGAAAUAAAGAAUUAUAUUAAUA